AUGUCGACUGCAGGAGCUAGAGGCACCAAUAAGAGGAGCAACACCUUUCCCAAAGUGGGCGCCUCCCCAGUAGACGCAGCGCAAAGCCACAAGGCUGCUCGCAAACGAUCCCAGAACCGCAUCUCCCAGAAAUGCUUGCGGGAAAAACAGCUGGCCCAGACGCAGCACCUGGCUGCAUUUCUGGACAUGAUCCAGGCCAGCCGGGGCACUGAUGACAACCAAACUGCCUUGAUGAAAGCUCACCUGAAGUUGCUGGAGGAGAACCAGCAGAUCAAGGCUGCCCUGCUCCGGAUGAGGAAGAAACUGCUCAGCAUUAGCAACAGCGCAGCGACUACCGCUGACGAUGAAAUAUUCGAUGAGAUCUUGGGCCGGUCCAAAGAUGGCAAUGUCGAGCCAGAGACCUCGGCGACGGUACCACAGACUGAUCCAACACCAUCUGCCAGCAUGUCUCCACGAGGUCUCUUAGGAGUUGACCUCGAUGGCGCCGAGGCCUCUCGCGAACAAGACAGCACUUCUACGGCCGGCCUGGCCGGCGAAUGCUUCAGAGACGAGAUGAGUUCUCUUGCUCCUGCGGCGGAGAGCAACGUCAACGAGGAUAGCCCAUCAUUUCCAGGCUUCGACGGCCUUGGAGCCGACUUCGAUCACAUGACCAAUAUACUCAACUGUAUCGACGAGCCAACGUUCGACCUGGGCUCGAGCUUGGAUUUAACCCAGAUGGGACUCGCCACCACUGGCAUGGAAGAUGCCGUUCGUCUGUCGGGGAAGGAGCUGGCCGAUUUGGUCGAAUGGGGCUGCAUCAUCUACGUCUUGCAGAUGCUGAACAUCCCCAUCAACGCUGACAACAUAGGCGCGCCUGUGGCCCUCCAGCAGCAAUAUGUCCACCGAGUCACUGAUCAGAUGGUCGCCAACUUGGCUGCCAUUGCCACUAAUGUCCUAGGUGUCUUUGCCGGGCUUGAUGCUUACGUGUACGGAGUGGGAGCGGGCGAGCUGAUCGAAUGUAUCAUGCGCUGGCGCAUCAAGCCCACCACAGCAAACCGACUGGCCAUCCCGGAGCCGUACCGCCCGACGCCGCUCCAGUAUUCCGAGGGCAUGCGGCACCCCCUGGUCAUUGACUUGAUCAACUGGCCCCGGCUUCGUGACCAGCUGAUUCUGCUGAGUCGACGGUCCAAGAUCGAUGACAUUAUCGACGACAUUGUUCUACACACCGUCAUCGAAGUGCGCCAGAUACGAGUGUCUCUCGGCGUAGUGGACCUUUUCUACAGUAGGGUCUUCCCGAACAUGGACUGUUCCGGCUUCUCGCCUAUCCAAAACAAGAGUAUGACACACACGACCUUGAUAGCCGGCCCCUACGAUCGAGCUAUACGAUCCAUCACGAACGAGAUCAGUCUCCGUAUGGCGCAGGUAGCUGUUGACGGGGGCAGGGAGCCCUCGAAAGCCAGCAGCUGUCCAAGCUUUCCCGACGGUUCACUCACGGCGAAGAAGCACCCGCUGUCAGCCAACUAUGGGAUCGACAAGCAUCCUCAAUGGAAGAUCAGUCGGGAGUUCGCAGACAAGUAUCCUUCGCUAGACUGUUCAGAUGGUGGGUGCUUUAAUGGAUAUCCGUAUCCGAGCUGCCUUGGAUGUGGACUUUACUGA